GGCGCCUCGGGAGGCUGCGGGUCCCGUCGCUGCGUGAGGAGCCCCGCUGCGGGAGGCCCGGCCCAGCAACCAUGGCCCAUUACAAGGCCGAGCAGGACGACUGGCUGCUCGUCUACCUGAAGUAUUUACUCUUUGUCUUUAACUUCUUCUUCUGGGUGGGUGGGGCCGCCGUCAUGGCCGUGGGCGUCUGGACCCUGGUGGAGAAGAGCGGCUAUCUCAGCGUCCUGGCGUCCAGCACCUUCGCUGCUUCCGCCUACAUCCUCAUCUUCGCAGGGGCCCUUGUCAUGGUGACGGGCUUCCUGGGCUUCUGCGCCAUCGUCCGGGAGGACAGGAGCUGCCUCUCCACAUACUUCUGCCUGUUGCUGGUGAUCUUCCUCGUGGAGCUGGUGGCAGGGGUCCUGGCCCACAUGUACUACCAGAGGCUCAGUGAUGAACUGAAACAGCACUUGACCCGGACGCUGGCUGAGAACUACAGGCAGCCGGGAGCCGCGGACAUCACAACCUCAGUAGACCGUCUCCAGCAGGAUUUCAAGUGCUGUGGAAGUAACAGCUCCGCCGACUGGCAGCACAGCGCUUACAUCCUGUCUCAGGAGGCCGAGGGCCGCCGGGUGCCGGACAGCUGCUGCAAGACGGUGGUGGCCCGCUGUGGGCAGCGGGCCCAUCCCUCCAACAUCUACAAGGUGGAGGGAGGCUGCGUCAGCAAGCUGGAGCAGUUCCUGGCUGACCACCUGCUGCUCAUGGGGGCAGUGGGCAUCGGGGUGGCCUGUCUGCAGAUCUGCGGGAUGGUUCUCACCUGUUGCUUGCACCGGAGGCUCCAGCUGCAUUUUUACUAACGGCCGACCGCGUUCCCCUCCGACUGCCCCUCACAAGGACAGGUGCCCAAAUCCCAUCUUCCAGGCCCGCAGAGUCAGCACCAGCUCACCUAGAAACUCCCAGAAACUCUCCCUACUCUUCCCAGCCCCUUUGGAUCCACCAAGUGCCCAAGACUAUGGCUCCCGUGAUUCCCACCCAGGCAGGGGGGACCCAUCCUGUGUGGAAACAACAACCAGCACCCCUCACCAGGCCUGGGGAUCCUGUGGAUGACAGGAGGGUGAUAAUCAGACCCUCCACUCCCUCCCAGCUCCAGAACCUAGAAUGAAGGUCUGAAAGCCCCCCUGGGAUGCCUGCAUGGGGCACAUGAUCUCCCCACUGGUGCUGAGCACCCCUCUUCUUGUCUCUGCUUGGUGUGUUUUUCUCUACCCACGGGGAAGUGCUUACCGGCGGGGGGAUGGAAGCAGUUAGGGUUGGCUCUGCCCCCAGAAGAUCCAGCCCUUUGAUCUGCCCGCCCCCACACCUCCUCACCUGGGAGUACCCCGGCGGUCUGGGGUCUGGUUCCUUCCCGCAGGGUCUGGCAGCAGAGAGGCCUGAGGUGAGGCCCCGGAACUGGGGUUGGGCAGCAGCAGGCUGGUGGGGCCACCAGGGCAGGGAGGAAGGCAGGUAAAGUGGCCACACCAGCACAUGCUGCACCAGGACCUUGCAUCCAGCCUAGAAACCUUCCCUGGGAGAGGUACCGCAGAAGACCAUGGCCUUGAGCUCCAGUCUACAGUAAAUGACCCUCAGGGGUCUCCCCUCUAGGGCCUGAUUCUCUGGAAUGCCAGGUAUUUUAAAUGAUCUCCAGCCCUUCGUGUCGGUGGGAGUAAAAAUCCUUCCUGAUUAGGCCAAAUCACAGACCCUGCAAAGUUGGAGCCACUGAGAAGGUACAGCUCUGAGUAGAAGGGUGCUGUGCCUGGAACCCCAUUUUUCCUGGGCCCACAAUCCCCAACCACAUAUGGCCACCACCAUUCUGCCUCCAGGAGCCCUCGCUCUGCUUCCCAGAGUGAAUAUAGUGGCUUCUUUUGGUUCUCUCUUGCGUCUCUGAAUCAGGCAGGGAAUUUUCAGGAAGAAUUUUCUCAAAUACUAUGGGAGAACAGAACAGAAAGAAAAUCCUAGAAAAUGCAGAAUAUAGAUGCUGGCAGUUUUCCAAAGAACAGGUGUCAACUUGUAAGACAGCCAUGGAGACGAGACCCUCCCCCUCCAAAUACCUAUUACAAAUGGGUAACUUGUAGCGAGAGAACCCCACACCUGGCUUCCCACCUUCCAGGUGCCGUGCUUCCCGUGCUGGGGACCCUCUUACAUCCCACCAUGAGAGAGUGGCCCCUUGUUGCCAAGAUCAAGGGCAAGAAAGGU